GACGUUGCUCGGAUGUGUCCACCAGCGCCCGGUGGGGCGGAGGGCGCCCCGCGGGCCUGCGCAGAGUCGCGGGGCUGCCGUGACCGCGCCCGCCCGGGGAGAGUCCAAUGGCGGCGGCCGCGCCGGGGGACCCCGCGCGGGGCAAUAUAACUUUUGAAGAUGUAGCCAUACACUUCUCUUGUGAAGAAUGGAAUCUCCUUGACCAGGCUCAACAAUGCCUGUACCGUGAUGUGAUGGUGGAGAACUUGGCCCUUAUAACUUCCCUGGAUUGUUGGCAUGGAAUGGAGAAUGAGGAGGAUCUUUCUGAGCAGGAUAUUUCUUUAGAAGAUGUGUCCCAAGUAAGGACUUCAAAUGAAGGUCUGUCUCCCCAGAAGGCUCCUCCUUGUGUGAUGUAUGGCCUGGUCUUGAGAGACAUUUUGCACAUAACUCAUCACCAACAGGGAACACAUUGUCAGCAAAAACUGUACAGAUGUGGGGCAUCUGGGAAACAGUUGUAUUUCUCUGCAGACAUUGAUCAGCACUUUGGAGAGAAACCCUUCAAAAGCAAUGUGGGAAGAGCCUUAUUUAUGAAGAGGUACAAAUUCUAUGAAUCAAGGGAACCCUUUGCCUGCAUAGAAGUUGGGAAGGACUUCCUGGCCAGCUCAGAAUUUCUCCAUCAACCAGCCACUUGCAUUGAGGAACAGUCAAAUGGCAAAAGUAAUUUGGGGACUGUCUGUCACAAUGGAAAAACUCAUUUUGACUAUAGAGAAUACAUACAGACAUGCAGCCAUGAACACACAACUGUGCAGCAGCAGAAAACCCACACUAGAGAAAGAUGUUAUAUGUGCAGUGAGUGUGGGAAAUCUUUUAGCAAAAGCUAUAGCCUCAAUGACCACUGGAGGGUUCACACUGGUGAAAAGCCUUAUGAGUGUGGGGAGUGUGGGAAAUCAUUUAGGCAGAGCUCUAGCCUCAUUCAGCACCGGAGAGUUCACACUGGAGUGCGACCUCAUGAAUGUGAGGAAUGUGGUAAAUUAUUUAGCAACAAGUCCAACCUCAUCAAACAUCGGAGAGUUCACACUGGAGAAAGGCCUUAUGAGUGCAGUGAAUGUGGAAAAUCCUUUAGUGAGAGCUCAGCACUUCUUCAACACCAGAGCGUGCACACUGGAGAAAGGCCUUACGAAUGCAGUGAAUGUGGGAAAUUCUUUACAUAUCAUUCGAGUCUCAUAAAGCACCAGAAAGUUCAUAGUGGAUCAAAACCUUAUGAAUGCAGUGAGUGUGGGAAAUCAUUCAGUCAAAAUUCCAGCCUUAUUGAACACAGGAGAGUUCAUACUGGAGAAAGGCCCUUUAAGUGCAAUGAAUGUGGGAAAUCCUUUAGCCAGAGCUCUGCACUCCUUCAGCAUCGUAGAGUUCACACUGGAGAAAGGCCUUAUGAGUGCAGUGAAUGUGGGAAAUUCUUUACCUAUAGUUCCAGUCUCCAAAAACACCAGAGAGUUCAUACUGGUUCAAGGCCUUAUGAGUGCAGUGAAUGUGGGAAAUCCUUUACUCAAAACUCCAGUCUCAUUAAACACAAGAGAGUUCAUACUGGGGAAAGACCUUAUGAGUGCAAUGAAUGUGGGAAAUCCUUUAGCCAUAGCUCUAGCCUCAUUAAACACAGGCGAAUUCAUACUCGAUAAAGGCCUGUGGGAAAUAUGGAAAACCCUUUAGCUGAAGAUCCAAUCUCUACAAACUUGAAAAUUCACCUUAGAAAAGUCCUAGUGAGAACAGUGAACUUGAGAAAACAUUCAGCUGAAAGCCUUAUCUCAGUGGAUACCACAAAGUUCAUAUGAGAAAUAUACCUUUGAUGUGCAUGGAUAUGUUAUUGUUCAUUAUACCAGUUCUUGAAGGGUUUUGGUGGUGCCACUGCCUGAAUAGGACCACAUACAUCCAAGCAUCCACUCACAUUCCAGGUAUGUGGGAGCUCGGCUGCACUCAUUAACCUGCCUGGGCCCCGUGCCAAAUUCAUGCCACUGAAAGCUCAACUCUACCUGCUGGAAGGUGCCCACAGCAUGCACCAUCCACCCACCCCAGUGAAACAGGGCUCUCCCGCCUGUGAAAAGGAUCUGUACGUAGGCUAAGCAUUCAUCCCCUUUUCUCUCUGAUGAGUUAGUCCAUGCCACAAGGACUGUGCUGUUGACUUAGGAAGGUGGACCUUUUUCAGAAAUAUUGUUGGUUUCAUGAGACUCUUGAUGGAAUUUUUCCUACCACAGAAUCACCAAGUGUGGGAACCACCUGUGUCUCAUUGCUCCGGUUGUCUGAUAAUAAAAUCUUUAUUGGUUGAGGCACCAGUUAUUUGGGGGAAUUCUAUUUACUGAAUGUAGUUCUUUGAAAACAAUUGGGAUCUUUUGGGUGAACAAGUUUGUUGGGAUCCCAAACUUUGUGUCCCUAGGGAGGGUAGUGGAAUGAUGGCAGGAUACAGCUCUUUCUGGCUUGGGCCUUCUGUAUUGCUGCCUGAGGCUUCCAGGAAAACCUGCAGGGUGCUGUUUGAAGUCGGGAGAGGUAGUGACAAUCUGAUGCUUCUGAGAGCAACAUGAACUUAUUUUCCUUUUCAAAGGGAUGUUGCCUCAAGCUCAGUAUUGGCUGGGGUUCCUGUUUGUCAGGCCCUGCAUGGAUCUGUAUGCCCUGACAUUCUGAGUUCCAUAGGAUAGCAUCACAAGCUGUAAGAUUAUAGUUGUUAACAGAAAUACUGGAUUAAUAGGUAGUGGAAGAGACUACCACAAACUGAUUGGAAGGUGCCUCUUUUACAUGGGUAUCCACAAUGUUAGUCACUCUGGCUAUGAAAGAUGAGGUCAGAAAUACUUAGGACCGUAUCUUGUGUAGCUGAAGUUAUUGUCAGAGACUGCUCAUCUCAAGGCUGUACUGUGCAGACAGGAAAAUAAGGAUUCUAAGAAGGGAGAUCUUGGUCCACUUACAUGGCCUCUGUGAGCAGGCAGUAUUCCUGCCAAGUCCAGAGGAAACAGUCUUCACCUCUUAGCUAUGUUUGUUACCACUGAGGCAAGAGGUCCCCCAGGGCAUGAGGAGAAAGGUGAUGGAGUCAACAUCGUCAAUCCUGAUUUUUUCAAAAACAAAUUCAGACUUUCACCUGUACAACAAUAGAUUCAUUCAUAUCCUGGAAUUGUAUGUUAUUGAAAUCAUUUUAAGUUCUCAUGCUUUUUCCCCUGGGUAUAUUCAAACAGCAUAUAUGAGAUUUAUCAGUAUUGCUUAUAUGAGUGGGAUUUUUGUUUUUUAAGAGAAAGGAAAAAGGUUUGUGGCUUUGCUGCAAAGAAGAAACACUGGGUACUCCUGUCCCCAAAGCUGUGACUCUGCCCAUCAACAGGAACAUGAGGAUGUCUGGAUAUUUUUUAUUGCUGAGAAGUAUGAGGUUAUAUGGCUAUAACCUACUUUUUAUUUAUUCAUCUGGUCAUAGAUAUUUUGGUUGUUUACAACAAGUUUUAGAUUUAUUGCAAAUAAAAGCUGCUGCAAACACUUUUCCAAGGAUGUGUUUAAUUUCUCUUGUGUUAAUGCCUGAGUCACAGAGUAGGUGAAUGUAUAACCUUUUAAGAAUUGCUGAACUCUGAUCUCACAUGCUUGUUUUCUUUGGAUUCCUAUGAGCAGUGUAUGAGAGUUCUGGUUCUUCAUAUCCACUGGAUAUGGUUAGUUUUUUAAGAGUAAAUGUGUAGCAGUGUAAUAAUGUAGUUUAGUACCAUUUCCCUGGUGUUUUAUUAUACUGAGCAUUUUUUAUUUACAACCAGAAUGUUUUUGAUAAAAUAUAUUCAUAACUUUUGUAUGACUAAAAAUGAGUUUUAGCUAUAUUCCCUUUUAUCAACAAAUAAGUUGAUAGAAAAAAAUACAAAGAUGUAUGUUAGACCCUAUGCUUCAAUAAUGUGAAUUUUUAACUGCAAUCCUGAAUGCGUAGUGCCUAAUUUUGUGUAUAUGCCUUAUACACAAUGCAAUGAUCACAUCUACAUAUAUUUUAAAGUUCAAUUUGUAUUAUUAGCAUAUUCUCCAGCAUUUUCUAAUUCUAGAUAAUUCAUUGAAUCUUUUGCCACAUUCCUUGAUGUAAAAUCUCCCAUCAUGGCUAAUUUCCAUUUGUCACAUGAUGUCACUGCAGAACAUGGAAUUUGAGAAAGUUAUCAGUAGCACACCAAUGUAUUGUUUCUACCAUAUUUAUAUAGUAGGCACAAAAAAAGCUCAAGUGCAUAGAAAAUAAUGAAAUAUAGUAAAAUGAAUAAGAAGCUUUUUUAUAUCUUUAAAAUAGUUUGAGGUAUAAUUUACUCAAACUAUGUGUUUAGAAAGUGUGUGUGUGUGCGCGUGCGUGCGCAUGUACUGUGAAUUGACCACAGGGGCACAUUACCACUGAGCUACAUGCCUAUCUAGGGUCUCAUUAAGUUGCUUAUUAUGCAACAAAUUAUGCUGAGGCUUGCCUUGAACUUGCAAUCCUCCUGCCUCAGCCCCUGAGUAGUUGGAAUUAUGGGUGUGCACCACUGCACCAAGCAUUACUUCUAAUGUUUUGAUGCAUAGUCACACCUAAAAAUAAGUUUUUUCUGGUCUUUAGUUCAUCUUCCUCAACUUAGAAUUCUAUCCCUUGUGAUGGCCACUUUCAGUUAUGUGCAAAAAUGAGAAAGACUGCUAAGAACCAGAUGAAUUCUUCCAACCAGCUUUCUUUCCCACUUCUGAGGCAUCACACUGCAGCUCCUGGCACACAAUUCAAAUCAGCAUGGUAUCCUCUUUGAGAAGGUCAAGAAAGUAAAAGGAAUGUGGAAUCUAAAAAUUUAUCCAGUUCAGAAUCCAUUUUUUUCUACUUAAGCAAUGACCAGGAGUCCACUGGGCAGGAGAUUAGGGACAGUGACUCUCUUCAUCUCCUUGCCAUUCUUCACUAUUGAUGAAGAGCCCAGUGUCACUGUUGCUACACAAACUGCUGGUUUCCCAUUCUGAUAUGUUUUUUGUUUAUCUGCUUCAUACUCUAUUCUUUAUUUCCUUCCUAUUUUGCUUAGGAAAGUGCUGCUUUCUGCUGAUUCACACAACCAUGGCCCAGUGAGGUCCAGGGAGUAUUCUCCUUCCAGCAGGACAACACUGCUCCUUAGUAGACUUGAACAGGCAGCCUCUCUCAGAGCUCCAGUCUGAACUUUCAGGUUCUCUGAAGGCUGGCAGCCACCUUCUCCUGGCAACUGAGUGGUGACAAGGUGCAUUUUCAGUAAAGAAAUCAGAUUCGUGCCAAGAAUGUUGCUUAUUCUUUUAACUAUGGCAUUGAAAGCUGGGUGCUGUUUGGCUACCGUUGUGUCAUCGGAGUCACUGAAAUUUGUGACUGGGCCACUUGUCAACAAUUUUUAAUGGCCUCAUCCAGAUGUGACUCAGAGGCCUCACUGUAUCAGCAAGUGUGUUCUGCCAGGUGAGUAAAGUCAGACUGGGGCUUCCAAAGCUGCUGUCUCUGCUGCCAAGGGCUCAGGGACAUCUCCCACCGCUCACCAAGUUUAUUCUGCUCAGAUGUCUGCUCCCAGUCUAAGGCUAAGUCAAGUACCAGCUCAUCCUUGAGGCCACAUCAGAUAGCAACUGUGAUGUUAGCAAAAACAAGCAAACUCAGGGAACUAGAUCUCUGUGCUUUCUCCCCAAUUUGUCACUGAAUUAUCAGACUAGUCAAAUGCUCGUUCAGAAUCCUUCCCUGCCUCAAAGAUUGCAUUUCAAAUGCAGACAGUACAAUCAUGAGACUCCCACACCUCCAAUCUUGCUUAUAUGACCAGGGUGACCCUGGGUCCAGGUAUGUCCUGGAGAGAAGUAAUCCAUCCAAGCCACACAUGGGCAAAGUGCUGACUCCAAAAGAUGAAGGUGAGGAGGCAGAACGGUAACUUCUCAUUUGGACCUAGGACAGUGGAGUAGCCCUUCUAGGGCAGAAACUGCCAAACAGAAAGUCCUGGUGACUGGGCUCCCUCCAAGAUUGAGGGUCUCAACAGGACCACAUAUGUGGGAGAAACAAGCAUAUUUCGAAGGACUCCACCAUGCCCCAGCCUGGCCCCGAGGGCUUGAGCAAACAUGGCUUGGAACACCAUGCCUACACAGAAACAGAGAGAGAAGAGAGCUGUAAGAGGCCAUCUUGGAUUGGGUGAUAGGCCCUGAAAAGCAAUGCCCCAUCACCCUUGUCCCUCCCUCCAGCCAUUACAGCCCCAUGGUGUCAUUAGCCAUUGAGCUGCAUCCCAGUGCCCCAUCCCCUCUGUCACUGGCCCUGACCCCACCCUCUCAACCUGCUCCUUCCCCUUUCCACUACCUAUUAAUCCAGUGUUCAUGUAACAAUCACGGUCCCUUGCCCCACACUGCAACUAUUGGUGCUAUCCUAGGACUCAUGGCUCCUUUGCAGGACAAGGGAAAGAGAUUUCUCUCAAGGGAAUCACACAAUAACACCUGUGAACAAAUUUCACACUGUACUGAAAUUUCACAGUCACCUCCCAAGUGAGCUCAGAAGCCACAAAGUACCACAGUAGCCAGGCUGUAAGUUAGGUCCAUGGUGCUUUCCUUGGAGGCUUGGGGAGAAACACAAAUCAGGCCCAAACAGAAGAAUUACUUUCUGCCAUAAUACCCUGAGGCAUACAUGUGGAAUGCUCUCAAAUGCUGCUGCUGCUUUCAUUGUGACAGAACUCUACUGUUUUCAAAUCACUCAAUAAAGUGAAUAGGGCUCCCAAGAUUAAAGGUGGCUUAAGAGAUAAGACAUUGGGGCCGCAGUUAUAGCUCAGUGGUAGCACGCUUGCCUAGCAUGUGUGAGGCACUGGGUUCAAUCCUCAGCACCACAUAAAAAUAAGCGAAUAAAGGUAUUGUGUCCAUCUACAAACAAUUUUUUUAAAAAAGAAAUUUAUCAUCACACAAAGCAGAGAAACAAGAGGCAGGUUUUUCCUCAGGUUGGUCAGGUAAAGGCCACAAAACUCAUCACUGGUCAUGAAAGACAGUAUCUCUGGAAAACGUAGUCUAUCUUUUAACGUAGUCUAUCUUUUCUCACAAGCAGGACUCAACCAGGUCUUUGGGGCCAAACCUGAGUCAGACCCAGACCUUAACACGUUGGGAGUGAAUGCUGUCAUCUCACAAAUCCUGCUCUGGGUUGGGAAAGCAAAGACUAACCACUUCUCUAUGCAAUAGGAGUACCAACACACACUGUGGGCGCCUGGCAGGUGAUAGAGGCCACACGGCUUCAGUUACAGUACUGAAGGUGACUAACACUUGGGCAAAGACCCUGGACAGAUUUAGAAGUGCAGCACAAAGCUUCAAGCUUCCCCCACACCUGGAAUUAAUGUGGACGUGUGAAUGAAUCAGGUUCAGUUCAGGCAAAUGGCAUCCUAAGGGAUUUCCUCCAGUGCCAUUGCAUUAAACAAGAAAGCACCCAACUUCCAGGACAUUAAGGUGUCUUCCCCAUGUGAACUUUGUGGUACCUGAGGAAAGGCAUUUGGCUGAUAGCUUGCUCAUAUUCAAAACAUUUAUAAGGCCCUACUCCAGAGUGAAAUCUGGUGUUGAAUGAGGCCAGAGCUUUGGAUAAGAUUUUCCACACUUAAGACCCUCUAGGGCCUUUCUCCAGUGUGAACUCUCCUAUGGUCUCUGAAGUUGAAGUACACAUUUGCUGCACUCAUAGGGCCUUUCUUCAGUAUGAACUGUGUGGUGUUUAAGGAGUGCAGACCUUUGGCUAAAGGAUUUCCCAUAUUCAUUGCACCCAUAAGACCUUUCUCCAGUGUGAACUCUCAGGUGUAGAAUAAGGCUGCAGUACUGACCAAAGGAUUUCCUACAUUCACUGCACUGAUAAGGCCUUCAUCCAGUGUGAAUGUUCUGGUAGUUUAGAACACUGGAAUUGUAGGUAAAGAAUUUUGAGGAUAAGAAUGAACUGCUUAUAAUAAGGCCUUUCUCCAGUGUGAAUACUAUGCUGCUGCAGGAGUGCAGAGCUCUGGCUAAGGAAUUUCCCACAUUCACUACACUUAAAAAGCCUUUGUCCAGUGUGAAUUCUGUGAUGUUAGAUUGGGUUGGAUCUUUGGAUAAAGAUUUCCCACAUUCCCCACACUCAAAAGGCCUCUAUCCAGGGUGAACUUUCCAAUGGUUAUUGAGGCUGCAGCUCUGGCUAAAGGAUUUACUGCAUUCACAGCACUUAUAAGGCCUUUCUCCAGUGUGAACUCUCCAAUGUUGAAAGAGGUUAGAGCUUUGGCUAAAGGACUUGCCACACUCUGAGCACUUCUAAGGUCUUUCUCCAGUGUGUACUCUGGUAUUUAAUGAGACUGGAGCUGUGGGUAAAGGAUUCCCCACACUCUCUGCACAUGUAACAUCUUUCUCUAGUGAGGACUCUCUAAUGCUGAACAAGUAAGUGUGUGUUUGGGGAUGAACACUUCAUCACAUUCUUCCCAGUUACAAUGAGCUUUCUCCUGCGAGAGGCAGCACCAUACUUGGUUUUGCUAUUUGACUUUUCCACAGGAAGAAGACUGUUGAUGGAGAAAUUCCAAGCUGGUCAGGAAAUCACUUCCAACCUCCCUGUGUAUAAAGGCCUUCCUGGUUCAUGGAAUUUACAGUUCUUCACAAAUGAGGUUCUGCCCAUAUCACUUCUGAAUGGCUUCUCUUCAAUAUGCUGAUUCUUGUGCUGAAAAUUUGUACUGAAAUAGAAUUGUUUCUCACAUGCUCAACACAUGCACAUUU